AUGGAAACUGUCAUUCCUAAAGACCGUCCUGUUCCAAAACCUAGUCCUGUUCCGAAACCGAAUCUCCCGGUUGUGUCCAACAAUUCAUCCUCGUCAUCAUUCGAAAAGGGCAUGAUAAGAAAAUCAGCAUUGGAAAGCAGCUUGACCCGUAAACCAGCAUUCGAAAGUGGCAUGAUCCGUAAAGAAGAGCAAGGUAUCCGUAAAGAACAUCAAGAACGCAGCGAGUCUACCUCACAAGCAAAUUUGGCAAACAAUGAUGAGCAAGAAAAAAUGGAAAGGAUCAAGGCUGAACUGGCAAGAAUGAAGCGCGAGGACGAAAAAGCAUAUGAACUGCUUUUGGACGUAGUAAAUGCUACGAUGGAUCCAACCAGUGGAGGAAAGGAAGCGUCUGUCUUAGCAGACUCUUCACCAGCUAUAAGAAACCUGUCGACGAACAAAUUGUUUGUUUAA